GUGUUUGCGUGCGCGUACAUUAUUAUUUCUUUCUCUUCCUUACUCCUUCUCUUUUCUUUUACCCCUGAAAUCAGAUUUUAACAAGCAUGGAGGUAGACAAAGGGUCUAUUCCAGAUUCGGUCCUCAAUGACGAUCAGCACACGAUGGGUUAUUAUCAGGCACUACCUUAUGCACACCUAUUAGACGGCGAAGCAGAAACAUGGCUCAACGAGAUUUGCACCAACUUGGCCAUUUGUAUCCAAGCUCGGGACUUUGCGCCCGGUGCAGCAUCUUGGGUGAAAAGACUAUACAGUUAUAUCAAUAUGAAACAUGCUAUACCUCGUGAAACUCGGGCAAAACUUGCAGAAUUGCUGUACUCGAUGACGUUAAUGCCUGGCAUGGACACUGCAUUGAUGGAUACGUGGGCAUCAACCUGUUGCCGACUGAUUAGGAAAGCAAAGCAUUUGGGUCCAGAAGAUCUUGUCUUACCUUGGCGCCCUCUUUACGAUGCUAUUGAGUGGUAUCUGUUUCCCGAGGAUCGACAAAAAAUAUUACUUGCUGACACAAAGCACGUCAGUUCACUUAUUCGACUUCUCGAGUGCGCGCAACGAUUCUUCCCAGCAUCAGCAACACAAGAGAUCCUGGAAGAGCUUUUACCACAGUUUACAACUUCAAACAUAGGUAACGCACUCAGAGUUAUAGGGUAUUUGGUGCUUAUGCUCCCGACCCACGUUCCGAGAAACUCGCAAACACACGCCAUACUCGAUGAUACAGCUAUGCAUCCCAAGGAAUACGUGCCAACCUUCUUCUCGAUCUGGUCCAUGAUCACCAACUCCCCUACAUGCGACGCACAGUUUGUCGAUUUGAUAGCACGCGUGGCAGAGCAAAAUAUUAUGGAUUCCUAUACGAACGAAAUCGGCAUGUUCAACAAGCAACAAGUGAAGUACAUAUUUACUGUUGGAAUGCGAAUGAUGAGCUUGCCUGUAGGAAGUCGUGAGAAUGGCAAUAGUCGUCCUAGCGGUAGCACCGGUUAUGGUAGCGCUGGACAAAAGGUGGAUCUGAGAGCAGGAAAUGCGUUAGUGCUGCGCAGAAAACCAGAACGAUUCAGGUCAUUGGCAACGUUUAUGGUGUACACUAUGAUGCCUGAAGGAUCAAAUGGCGAAAGCUACGUAAUGACGUUAUUGUCCGAGAUGAUCCAGGCCACCGAGCUAUAUUAUCAUCCAUCGAACCAUGGAACCUGGACGUACUGUUUGACCACUUUUAUUCAGCAUUUGGCUGUUGAGUUUUUGAAACGCUGGAGAACUGAGGCGGAAGAGGAUUGUCCUACACCCCAGGAACGUAGACUGACACCUGAACUUCGGAAGCAAUUUGUGCUGACACUUCGACCAUUGACUUAUCUCAGCAUGUUUGGCAAGGAUCAUUUUGUCAUUGGUGCUACUGAAGCAACGCUCAAGGCAUUGGCGUGGCUUGAACCAGGUCUGAUCUUCCCUGGUUUGCUGGAGCGUAUCUAUCCAUCCUUGGAAACCUUGACUGAGACACAUCGAACGACAAGUGCGCUUGGUAUUCUGGCAGAUGUUGCAUUACCUCUCUUCUCUCGAGACCAUUAUCCAGCCGGUGGAAAACAUCUUAUGCCUUUGCUGCAUCUUGCAACACCUGGUGUCGAUAUGAAUGAUCCGCUCAAAGCCAUCACGUCGCUUAUGUUUAUUACAAGUGCUUUAUCGACUGUCCCGAUCCGCGAUCUCACAAUGAGCGGUUCUGGAACUUAUUUGGGUGGCUAUACCGAUUCCCGAUAUGAUGGCAUGGACAUGGAUAAUGUGAACGAAGAAAACGAGCUUCCUCGUGAGGAAGAGGAUAGUUUAUGCAAAGCUACCACUGGCGAAUUGGAAGAAUGGGUUGCCAAAUUUCUUCGACGUGUGUUUACGAUCUUUGAGAACCUUCCACAAAUCCACCAGCAAAAGAAGCAAAACGGAAGCACCGAAACAGGGUUGACAUCCAUGCUCGAGUAUUCGUGCGAUACUCUAUUUGAACAGCUAUCAGAUGAUCUGUACGACAUGGCAUUGCGGAUGGUGAUUGAUUUCAUCAGCCAACAAGUGUUACCCAACGCAAUUCAUGCAGCUGGCUUGUUAUGCGGCUCGAUAGCAUGUGCGAACCCAGCAAAGGCCGCCAAACGCCUAAUCCCGCUUUGCAUCAACAAUAUCUCCAGUGAACUUGAACAUGGCGCCGCAUCGACCAUGAUUAAUACUGAAACGUCAACGCCCAUUCAAUCCGAUUCGACACUCCAUUGGUAUCAGUGUAUCUUGUUUCACGUUGUCAUCAAACUGGGCCCCGACCUUGUGCACUACAAGGCCGAUAUCAUGAACAUCUUGCAUGAAAUGAUCACUAAAUGUAAAAGCCGACGUGGAUUCAUUUGGGCUGCGGCACUGUUGAAGAAUUGCUUGGGUACCUUGUUGAAAACCUAUGCUCGUGACAGGCGAAGCUUGAACCCUGAGGAUUGGCAUAACGAAGAAAUCAUGGGUAAUUCUCAUAUGCUCUGGGGCAAACCCGCUGAUCCUAAAAACCUCAAGAUCGACUGGCAUGUACCGUCGGAACAAGAAAAGGCUUUUGCUAUUGAGCUAUUAGAGACAUUUUUGGAACCUGCUAUGGAUCAUGUUCGACAAAAAAUAGAGACUGCUGACCAGAGUCAGUCAGGGAACGCCUAUGAAGAAGCCAACGAUUUCUGCCGGCACUUGGCUGUCAUCUACUACGCUCUGCGUGGCAGUACAUGCAUGUGCCUGGACGAGGAAAACAAGGCCAAAUCAACGACAGAAUCCGAUGGUGCUGAUGACGAAGAAGGGUCAGACUCUGUUCCUCCAAUACGUCGCAUUUACGCUGGAUAUGCCUUUAACGACCCUUCAGAUCCAAACUAUAUCAAAGCACAAAAGAUUCGCAAAGACAUUGGUGAAUUGAUCCGAGAUUCUUUAGAGUUCUUCCUUGUCAAACGCGAAGAUGAUUUAGAAAGCCUGAAGCUUGUCAUUGAUAUUGCACGCGCUUACAUGGAUGAUGCCGGUGUUGGCAAAAAGUUUGCUAGUGCAGAAAAGGGCCAAUAUCUCUACGCCAAGGCUGUGAUUAAGGUUCCCAAGGCACCUAAGCAAUAUCCUCGUGGCCUCUUAGUCCGUAGAGCUGAAAUACACCAUUUCCAGCGACUAAGAUACAAUGCCCAAGCUAGAACGCGUGGCGCUAUCCACGAAGCAAUAUUUCAAAAACUUUUGGGCUUGUCUCUCAGCUCAUAUGCAGAAAUUAGAAAACUGAGUCAACAUACGCUCAGCGCCACAGCAAAGAACUUUAUCGGCUCCAAGUCAUUGAUCAUCCCAACUAUUCUCGAGAUCCUGAAAUCGAAAUCUGAAAAUGGUGAUGACAAGGAACAGCAUGCCAACCGAGUCAAGGGCUCAUUGUAUCUUUUGCGACAUCGAUCUAUUCUCAUGCCGUGCCUCCGCGACUGGCGUUAUAUUCCAACCUUUAUUUUAUCCUUGGUUGGAACAGAGCAUGAAGAUAAGCCAUCAAUUCAAGAUAUGAUCCGAAAGGUGUUUGUGGACUAUGUCUCGCAAUACAAUACACGUACUUUCCGUGUGAUUGCGCCUGAAGAUUUCGACAUCAAGGCCCAAGCAGUGUACCCUGCUUCUCCUAUCGUCGUCGGCAGUCGCGACAGCAAGGAUAAUGAAGUACAAACGCGCAUCAAUCACUUGCAAGAAAAAGUUCAGAAGCGACAAAAAACCCACUUGGAAGCCUAUCAGCAAUUGAUGCAAUCUUUGCUAGAGUUUGUGAACGAUCCCAAGGUCCAUUGGCGCUACUUGACGAUGGCCGCUAACUUUAUUGAGCUGUGUAUUCGAGCUGACAUGCCACAAGAUGCUGGUGUCGCUGCAUUUGCAACUCAAUGCAUGCUUUCUGAACUUCCUACCAUGCGUCGUAUCGGCGUCGGCCUUACAACGAACAUGAUGCACCACGUGGAGCACCGAAGUUUUGCCCAAGGCGAUCAAGAUACAAUCAUUACCCGCACAGUCAAGCAUCCUCUGAAGCAAGAGUAUCUCGUUGCCAACAACAACCCGAAUCUCUCAGAAGAAGAGUAUCUGCGUGUUUAUGAUCAACCUUUAACUGAUGCGAACCUCCAACAAUGGCCACUGCUCGACUCUGAACGGAUGGGAUGGUAUACUUGGCCCAAAAAAUACGAAGCCUAUGUCCUUCCAUCUGGUACUGCUACGGCCAUUCCUGAAAUCCAUCAAAGUGAUUCGGACGCGUACAAAGAAUUCCACAAGUCAUUCACAUCUAAAGAAUUUUGGGACAAGUUGCAAAAGUAUAUGGCUCAAGAAGUGACGCGAGUGCAAGAAGAUAUGUUCAACCAGGCCAAUGUUUUCUUGUACAUGAGCGUUUUUCGACUCUAUGAAGAUGAGCCCAUUGAUGUCAUGAAGGAUAAUCUUGUAUCACUGUGCCAGGCCUCUGAUCAAAAGGCUCAUCAGCGUGCAGCUGCUGAGAUGGCUGCUGGUAUCAUUCGUGGAUCCGUCAAUUGGUCUGUAGCCAAGACGGAUGCCAUGUGGUCUUGGAUGAUACCGUUACUUGAGACCACCUUUUCGAACAUCACACCGGAUACGCUGAUAUAUUGGGAAUCAUUUGUUAGAUCCGUCAGUAGCAACCGAGAUCCAAGAAGAGUUCGACCAUUGAUCAACUUGAUCCUAGAGGCCCGCGUGGAUCCAACCUCUGACGCAGCCUUUGCCGAAGCAAGAAAACUGAUCUUGGCAAAUGUAUUGAUUUCUGCACUUCACUGGCGAGCGAACCCCCUGGUAGAUCGUCUUUUGGCCGAGUACAUGAGCCAUAUUGACCAUCCGUACAAACAAGUACGUGAAGUGUUGGGUGGAAACAUUAGCGGUAUUCUACAGCGUCAGUGGAUCCCGUCACUACCUGAUGUUCGGACGGUGCUCAGCAGCAAUGCAGAGGCCGAACGUGGCGGUAUUGGUAAUAUCCCCACGCAAAUGAAUGACAAGGUGGCGCCGCAUGUUGAGCAACUGCUCAGCAAGUUGGAUCAAUGGCAAACUGAAGCAAAGGGUGCGACCGAAGUUGAAGAUACCAAGACGUACACAAAUGCUAGCAAAACUACGCUUUGUUGGUUACUGCAAUCGUUGGGACGAUUCCGCGUAGCAGGCACUUUGCCUUAUAUUAUUGCAUUGUGGUCACGCUUGUUUGCUAUGCAAGAAUUCCACGAUGAUCAAGACCUGCAACAUAUGGCGACGCGAGUAUUAGGCAUGGUGGCGCAAUAUUCGUACCCUCCCUCAAUUGUGGUGCAAAUGGUCCAUGAAUUCGUCGGUAUUUUGACGCGAUCAGAAAGCUGGCGUAUCCGAACGCGCGCCCUGCCUCUCUUACAGAUUUUCUUUUUCAAGAACUUGUUCUUGAUGGAAAGCGAUCAUGUGCUGCAAGUUAUGAACUCUGUCAGUGACAUGAUGCUCGAUUCACAAAUUGAGGUUCGUCAAAUGGCUGCAGUGACGCUUGGUGGUCUGGUACGAUGCUCCCAACGUGAAGCCAUCACCAAAGUUCAAGAACAGUACUCCACUUUGCUCGAAAUUAGAUUACCUAAACGCCGUCGAGACCGUGACACGGGCAAGAUCAUCGAGAUGCCUGGCUUUGCGGAUGCUUUGUUGAAGAAACAUGCAGGUGUGCUUGGAUUGUCUUGUCUUGUCAGCGCCUUCCCAUACGAAGUGCCCAAAUGGAUGCCUGACGUACUAUGUCAGCUUGCUAACUGCAUGUCAGAUCCUGCUGAGAUACAGUCUACUAUUCGCAAAACAUUUUCAGAUUUCCGACGAACCCACUCUGAUACAUGGCAUGAAGAUAUGAGUAAAUUCACAGAAGACCAACUGUCCAUUCUUAGCGACAUGUUAAUAUCUCCAUCCUACUAUGCGUAGAAAUAAUAUACUACAUCUUUUUAUAAAAAGAGAGAAUAAACCACACUAUUUUUAAUA